AUGUUAGAGGCUAAACAGGGGGAAAAAUUUGGGGAAAAUAUUGCUGAGCAUUACUCUACAGGAAUUCAAGAUGAAAUCUGGGAUCGCACAGAAUUGAGUGCUGACUCAAUGGUGCAGUCGCUGUCGCUUCACCUGAAGCCAGCUUUGAUAGAUUUAUUCCUAGCAGCUCCAAUCAGAAUGAGCAUUGUACUAGUCGCUGCGACUGCCCUACUGAUUACUGGUAGCACUAUGGCAGGAAGCCCUGGCUGCCAGGAAGACAAUGGUUAUUCGGAUGACUCAGUUCAGAACACCGAUGAGCCAUUGGAUCCGUCUGAGGAGAUCUUUCCCGCGAAGCCUCAGGCUCAGGGUGGUGCAAUUAUAGGUGCUAGCAACGUACCUUUGAAUCCAGCUGGAGCACCUGGUGGAGGACCGGAUGAGGCAGUUCAAGGUUCUGCUGGCGUGUCUCAGAAUUCUGGUGAAAGGCCGACAAUGAUGGAUCAGGGCAGAAAACGAACGAUUGAUCUAAAUGACAUGGUCAGCAAUGCGACCCGCCUCGAGACUCGGCUCCGUGGAUAUCCCACUGCUGCAGUUGUUACGGAGCUUAUAUCUCGCCUACGGCGCAUAUCUCCGUCGGAUGCGCGUAUGUUGGCGAAUCCUCAACGUGAUAGUGAUAACGCGCUUGUGGACAAUGUGCUAGUUGCAAAUAACCUUAUCAACAAUAUGUUGGCAGCUUCUGACGAAGAGCUUUUCCGUCGUCCACCAAAUGUUGGUGCGCUCGUUCUCGCUUCAAACAACAUUGAUAAUUAUAUCAGAACACAUGAGCGAAUGACCAGCGAAGAAGAUCUUUCAGUCUAA